ACCACUCCCCCUGCACAGACAUGAGACCAUAGGGGACCUGUCUGGGUGGCCUCAGGGACAGGCGCUUCCCAAGGUGUGAAUGAGGCAGGAUGAACUGGACAGGUUUGUACACCUUGCUCAGUGGUGUGAACCGGCAUUCUACGGCCAUCGGCCGAGUAUGGCUUUCAGUCAUUUUCAUCUUCAGAAUCAUGGUGCUGGUGGUGGCUGCAGAGAGUGUGUGGGGUGACGAGAAGUCUUCCUUCAUCUGCAACACCCUCCAGCCUGGCUGUAACAGUGUCUGCUAUGACCAUUUUUUCCCUAUUUCCCAUGUGCGUCUGUGGUCCCUGCAGCUCAUCUUGGUUUCCACCCCAGCUCUCCUGGUGGCCAUGCACGUCGCUCACCAGCAGCACAUAGAGAAGAAAAUGCUUCGGCUUGAGGGCCAUGGGGACCCCCUACACCUGGAAGAGGUGAAGAGACAUAAGGUCCACAUCUCAGGGACACUGUGGUGGACCUAUGUCAUCAGUGUAGUAUUCAGGCUGCUGUUUGAGGCUGUCUUUAUGUACGUCUUUUAUCUGCUCUACCCUGGUUAUGCCAUGGUACGGUUGGUCAAAUGUGAGGCCUACCCCUGCCCCAACACAGUGGACUGCUUUGUGUCCCGUCCCACGGAGAAAACCGUCUUCACAGUCUUUAUGUUAACCGCCUCGGGUAUCUGUAUCAUCCUCAACGUGGCUGAGGUGGUGUACCUCAUCAUCCAGGCCUGUGCCCGCCGAGCCCAGCGCCGCUCCAAUCCACCAUCCCGCAAGGGCUCAGGCUUUGUCCACCGUCUCUCACCUGAAUACAAGCAGAAUGAGAUCAACAAGCUGCUGAGUGAGCAGGAUGGCUCCCUGAAAGACAUACUGCGCCGCAGCCCGGGUACUGGUGCUGGGCUGACUGAGAAGAGCGACCGCUGCUCAGCUUGCUGA